AUGGACGAUUUUAUUGAACUCGGUAUAGAAGCCACUAAUAGAUGCAUCGAUAAACACUUUGACAAGAUCCCUGAUAAAGCAUUACACUCUAAAACAUACCGUCCGCGGAAUAUCAAAAAUGUUAUUGCUGGCAAACUGCGAGAUGAUGGUCAUACAAAGAAACCUGUCAAGGAUGGUCUUGGCGGAGAUGAAAGUGAAAGCGACGAGGACACAUUAGACGAGAGACGCUAUCGUGGAGAUGACUAUAGGGGCCGUCAAAGUCUCAAUGAAGGUCAGAAAAAGCGAUUUGAGCCAAAUUAUGGCUACCGAGGCGAAGAUGCUACAUAUGAACAAGAUGGGCCAUAUCUAUAUAACAACUCUCCACCACCAUCACGAAAUAAGAGAAGAGGUGAUGAAGACUUUGAUAAUAACUCACUAUCACCUUCUCGUCGAAAUCAACGUCAGCAGGAUUUGCGUCGGAGGAGCUCAUUACCUCCAGACGAAAUAAGAUCAAGAGAUUUGGCCGAUGAUCGAGAGUAUGAAGAUAAAAAAGAGACUCGGAACAACGGAAGAAGGUCUACUGUGAGCGAGCGCAACAGUUUGCCUCACAGACGAAUAUCCAAAUCAACAAACAAAGCUCCGGACAACGAAGCAGGCUUGAGAUAUGGUGCCGUUGGUGCAAUGCUUGGUGGAUUAGCAGCUCAAGAGCUAGCAGCUAAGAAACCAAGAGGUGGCAGUAAUGAUAAAGUUGCGCUGGCGAUGCUAGGAGCCGCUGUGGGUGCUUUUGCAGCAACUUUUUUGACGAUUAACCUCAAUUUCUUGAAUGCAGAGAUUUACUAUCUUGAGAAAGUUGAGUCUGGAAUAUGGACCACUGUCCUCGGUAAAUCUGCUGUUCCAAACAAGCUCAGCGUGCAAAAGACAUGCUGUGAUAGGAAUCUGUCAAUUAGGCAUGGCGUACAACUCUGCACCUUGUACGAACACAGAAAGGCUAAAGAGUAA